AUGAGUCGAGAACAAAAGCGGGUGAGGCAAGAGAAAGGCUCCGAUGAUGCCGAGAAGGUUGUCGUGGCCGUUAAGGCGUCCAAGGAAAUUCCCAAGACUGCUCUGGUGUGGGCCUUGACUCAUGUUGUUCAACCUGGAGAUUGCAUAACACUGCUUGUGGUUGUCCCCUCUCAAAGUUCAGGUAGAAAAUUUUGGGGCUUCCCAAGAUUUGCAGGGGACUGUGCCAAUGGUAACCGGAAGUCACAUUCAGGAACAACCUCAGAGCUCAAGUGUGAUAUUUCAGAUUCCUGCUCUCAAAUGAUCCUUCAGCUGCAUGAAGUUUAUGAUCCAAAUAAGAUAAAUGUCAAGAUAAAGAUUAUUUCUGGCUCACCUUCUGGUUCUGUGGCUGUAGAGGCCAAGAAAGCUCAAGCCAGUUGGGUUGUUUUAGACAAGCAUCUUAAACAUGAGGAAAAACACUGCAUGGAAGAGCUGCAGUGCAACAUCGUGGUUAUGAAGCGUUCCCAGCCAAAAGUUCUUCGCUUGAAUUUAAAUGGAUCUUCUAAGAAGGAACCUGAAUUGGCUCGUUCCUUGCCUUCUCAGCUUGAUGAAGGGACUGAUAAACAUCCCAAGAAGAAGAAUGACUCUUUGAAUUCCAUUCGAGGGCCGGUUGUGACUCCAACUAGUAGUCCAGAGCUAGGGACUCCAUUUACAGCCACUGAGGCUGGAACUUCAUCGGUGUCAAGUUCAGAUCCAGGAACUUCACCAUUUUUCGUUUCAGAAAUAAAUGGAGACAUGAAGAAAGAGGAAUCAUUAGUUAGUAAAGAAAACAAGGUUCUUGAUGACAGUAGUUCGGACACAGACAGUGAAAACUUAUCAACAUCUUCAGCAAGUAUGAGGUUCCAACCAUGGAUAGCAGAAUUUCUUAAUUCUCAUCGUCCAUCCUCGCAACACAUGGAAGAAAGUUCACACAGAACUAAUGAUAAUUCUAAAGCCUCGACUACCAAAGCUUUGCUAGAGAAAUUUUCGAAACUCGAUAGGGAUGCUGGAAUUGGAAUGCCAAAUUAUAGAGCUGACAUGGAGUUCAGUGGAAAUCUGAGAGAAGCAAUUUCUCUGUCUAGAAAUGCUCCUCCAGGCCCUCCUCCAUUGUGUUCAAUAUGUCAACAUAAGGCACCUGUGUUUGGAAAACCUCCAAGGUGGUUCAGCUAUGCGGAGCUGGAGCUUGCUACUGGAGGAUUUUCUCAAGCCAAUUUUUUGGCUGAAGGUGGGUUUGGCUCUGUUCAUAGAGGGGUGCUACCAGAUGGCCAGGCUGUUGCUGUCAAGCAACACAAAUUGGCUAGUUCUCAGGGGGAUCAAGAGUUUUGUUCCGAAGUGGAAGUCCUGAGCUGUGCUCAGCACCGAAAUGUUGUCAUGUUGAUUGGCUUCUGUAUUGAGGACAAGCGAAGAUUGCUGGUCUAUGAAUAUAUUUGCAAUGGGUCAUUAGAUUCUCAUCUAUACAGUAAUAAUUCUUUUUCUGACAACAGGCGACAUCGUGAGCCUUUAGAAUGGUCUGCACGGCAAAAGAUAGCUGUGGGAGCAGCUCGAGGACUGCGAUAUCUUCAUGAAGAAUGCAGGGUGGGUUGCAUUGUGCACCGUGACAUGCGGCCAAACAACAUCCUCAUCACCCAUGAUUUUGAGCCACUGGUUGGGGAUUUUGGCCUUGCAAGGUGGCAGCCUGAUGGGGAUACAGGCGUGGACACAAGAGUUAUUGGAACAUUUGGAUAUUUGGCUCCAGAAUAUGCUCAAAGUGGUCAAAUCACAGAAAAGGCUGAUGUUUAUUCCUUUGGGGUGGUGUUGGUGGAACUUGUUACUGGGCGAAAAGCUGUGGACCUUAACCGGCCUAAGGGGCAGCAAUGCCUCACAGAAUGGGCACGCCCGUUAUUGGAAGAAUACGCCAUUGAUGAACUGAUUGACCCAAGACUUGACAACUUCUAUUCGGAACAAGAGGUUUAUUGCAUGCUGCAUGCUGCCUCUCUAUGCAUUCGGCGGGAUCCUCAAUCUAGGCCGCGCAUGUCACAGGUUUUGCGUAUACUAGAAGGUGACAUGGUAAUGGACACAAAUUAUGCAUCAACACCCGGGUAUGAUGUGGGGUGCCGGAAUGGUCAUGAUGUGGGAUGCCGGAGUGGUCGGAUUUGGUCAGAGCAUCAACAGCAGCACCAGCAGCAGGAGAAGGAACACUAUAGUGGUCCACUACUAGAUGAAGCGACUGAAGGGUAUAGGAAGCUCUCUCUUGAGAAUGUACGGCCCGGUUUUUGGGAGAGGGACAAGGCAAGGAGGACUUCAUCUGAGCACCAUUUGUAA